UGAUUAAUCAAAAAUAACAACGACCAAUUCCGAUUAUGUAACAGGAUUAAUCGAGUUUAAUUAGCAUCAAAUUAGUCAAAUUCUCAACGUUAAUUGACCUUAAUUUUCAGUCUAUUUUGUUAAUCAUCUCGUAAUCAAUGUUAUCCUCAUCAUCCCUAUCAAAAUGGUCUCAGAACCAUAAUAAUGAUAAUUGACUUUCCUUUCAUGUUUCACAAUCAAAGGAUUUUAAAGGUGUAAAGGUGCUGAUGAUCAGUUGAUGGUGGUUAAUGUUGUUUCUCGUGCUCAUCCAAACACAUCGACACCGGAAUUGUAAUGUAACUGUUACACUCUCAGAAUAAACUUGAAAUUUAAUUUCGUCAUCAACUGAUCAUCAUUAUCAUCAACUCUUUUUUUUUCAAUUUCCACAAAAUUACACCCAAUUCAUCCCCUGUUCAUCUCUACUCUAUCUUCUUCCAUCUCUCAUCCAUGAAACUUUCCUUCUAAGUUAUUAUUUGAUAAUAUAAUAGAACUCGUACCAUUAUCAUCAUCAUCAUCAUCAUUAAGAUUAUCAUCAUUAUUGUUUAUAAUCUUGAGAGAACAUUUUUUUUUCUUUCCUCAUCCUCAUCGUUUUUACUUUACUUUUUGCACAUCAUUAGUCUUGAAGAACUGACAAUUAUCAUAUACUAAUAUCAAUUUCAAGGUGAAAAUUUAAUUUCAUAUUUGUAAUAGUUACAAGUUUAUUAUUCACUUAACUGUAACGUGUUUAGGCCUUAAUCAAAUUAAACAGCUCGUUAUCUUCAUCAUCAUCAUCAUUAUCCGUUUUUCCCUCUAAUUGUUUAUCAAAAGUCAAUUUGUUGAUUGUUAAAAAGCAAAAUGAGAAGAUGAAGAGAAAAAAAAACUCGAUUGAUAAAAAAUAUUCAAUAUUGGUGACAAUAUGAAUUCUGAUCGACUCGUGUUCAUAUUGUUCAUAUUCAAUUGCGCCUUUUUCAUCCUCAUUCCAACCGUGUCAUCUUCAGACUUAUCUUUUCUUUAUCAUCAUCAUCAUCAUCAUCUUCUUCUUCUAAGGGCUGAGAGAGGGAGAGAGAAAGGUGAGUGAGCAUGUAAGUUGAAUGGGAGAAAGAUGAAGAUGAUUCAAGAACAGGUAGUUGAUGAAGAUUGUUUGAUUUACUUUUCUUGAGGUUAGUUUUUUGCUUCUUCCUUUUACAUAUUAUGUGAAUUUUUUUGCUUCUUUACAAGAAAUUUAAAUUUUCCAUUCAUGGUGAUUAAUUUAAUUCCUGAAUUACGAUUGUUCUGGUUUUCGCCUGUUUAUCCCUUGUUGACACAAUGUUACAAUUAAACGUUCACCUGUGUAAUUUUAUUGUGAUCAGUGUAUUGAUUAACGUUAAUAAUGUAAUUAGUUCACCUAGAAAUAAAUAUCAUCAUCGAAUUAAAAAUUUUAGUGAUGAAGAUGAUCAUCCAAUUGUGAUCUCAUCUGCUCAUCAUCAAUUAUAUCACAAUGAUCAAUUUCAAUCUAAAAGGUUACCAACAACAACUACCACAACUAGACAACCCUUUUUACACCGGUCAACUGUGAUGACCACUGAUUUUGAUAAUCAAUUUAAUCCAUUUAAAACUCACCUAAAGGUUAAUGUCUCAGUUUUACCAUUGAAAUCACGACCCAUUAUUGUUAAAGGGCCAACCACAAGUUCAACAUCAACUACAACCACAACUACGACUACAACGUCGACCACAACAACACCAGCACCAAGGGUGUUAAUUUCAUCCUCAACUACAACCACAACUCCGAGUUCGUUACCUUUAUCGUCAACACAGGCUAAUCUUGUUGUUCAACCUUCGACUACUCAUAAACCACCAAAACCAACCAAAGGACGAAGUGAACUUGAUAUGAGCACAUCUUCAUCAGUCAACAAUUUAACGAUCGCUCAUCCAAUCAAUCAACAAGAUAAUAAGUCGGGCACUUCUUUACUUCAACCGUUAACUUUACUGCUUAUGUCUUACCUUGCAAAUCGCAAGAUAAAUUCACUUCCAGCUGAUCGUAAUACCCAUGGAUUAAAAUAUUUACCCUCAUAUCCGACGCAUCCUUUACCCUCCGUGAUAAAUAAUUCAUUUUACGAAUCUUCAGAUCACAAUUUAAACGAUAACGAGACUGAAUCACGAACCAUUGCUUCCUGGUUUGGUGGUCUUACUCGUCGAUUAAAGCGACCUAAACAUCCACACAGAAGAGACCAUACCGUUGGCCCUGGUCGAGGUACAAUUCCUAUUCAUUAUGAAACCGCUCCGAUUUCAUUGGCAUCACUUCAUGGACCUUCAUUGGCAUCGAUUGGUCGACCUGGUUCAUCGUCAGAUCAAAUGAUUCUUCCUGGUCUAUUACCUCAACCAGAAGGUUUUCCAGGUCCUUAUAAUCCUGAGAAUUCAGUUUUACUUCCUCCUGAUAUCAUGGAAAAUUCUGGUAUCAAAUAUUGGCUCGAUUUCAUUGAAAAGGGAGGAACGACUGAUGAUAUUCCCCCGUCACAUUAUAACGGUUCACCAGCUCCUCUUCCCCCUCAUUUUUCAUCGUCCCAUCAUCCGCAUUCCCCUCAUCCUCCAUCACCUUUAUCACCACAGACAAUUUUUGAAACAGCGGGUUCAGAUCACGAUGAGGUCGAUUUCAAUAAUGCUGUUAAAAGGCAAUUCAAACGACCUCCAAUCCAGGCCAAACCUGAUGGUAAUCGACAUGGUACAAGAUACAGACCAAAUCAAAAUCGACCAUCAAAUGGAGGCUCAAAUAGUGGCAAUGGAAAUAAUGGAAAUCAAGGUGAUAAUCAGAAACACAGUUACGGUGAAACAAGUGAUUCUCAUGAUGGUACUGAUAGAAUUGGUAAUAAUAAUAAUAACAACUACGAUUCGGAUCGUCAUAAGAAUGAAAUGUCACCUCGUUGUGACAAAUUCACUGCUCAUAUUUGUGUUGACGAUUUCGAGUAUCCAGAACAAGCGAUUGUCGAUGAAAUUUAUAAAAGAAGAGACAUUUUUGAAUUGAUGUAUUCAGAGGUGAAAGGUAAUCCAUCAUUGGUUGACGGGAUUCCAAGAGAUGUCGAGGAAUCGUAUAGCUAUGAUAUCGACGAUUCGAGCGAUGAUUCUGAUGAAGACAAUGAUUCACCAGGAGAUAGAAAUGAUGUGUUGGGUGAUGAAAGAGUUGUCGAUCCAAUGUAUUCAGCAGCAAAUUCAGAUUCAUUUAUAAAAUCCGGUGGAAGACAGGGAAUCAGAUCAUCAGGAGGAAACGACGGAUCUUCGGGCACAAAUGGUGCUUCUAAUAAUAACGGCGGUGGAAGUUCAUCUAAAGAUACUGCGAGUAGUGGUUAUGUUUGUCCUUCUGAAGUUCUCUAUGGAAAACCUAAACUUGCUCGUAACAUGAAAGGCGAUUGGAAGGUGAUUGUAAACGCCGCUGAAUUCACUCAAACGGUUCGUAUGGAAAAGUGUCUUCGACCCAAUCAACGUUGUAAUUAUGUGACCAACAUUGGAAUCGCUUCCCGUUGUGCUCAAGUUCACUCUUUCCAUCGACUAAUGGUGUUCGAAAAAGGUAAAGGAUUUUACAUCGACACCUUCCGUAUACCGACAGCAUGUUCAUGUCACAUUAGACGAACCGGAGGUCCAACUGGACCAUCACCAAUGUCCGACUUAUUAGGAUUAAAUGAAUCACCUGGAACCGGGUCAGGAUCAUCGAGCGGAUCAAAUUUAAAUGGUGCCAACGGCGGAACAGUAGGUUCCAAUAACAAUGGACACGUUUCAAUAGGUAAAAGUCCAACACCGAUACAGUUGAGUAACGCACUUUGGUCAAUUCUUGGCUCUGGUCCAGGUAAUCAAGGACCGACAACAAUGUCAGGUAAUCCUUUCUCGGUAUUGGAUAACAUUAACGCUGUAAAUAGUGACCUAUUAAAGGCUCAACUUUCCGUGUUAUCAAGUCUGAAAAACUAUCCUUCUUUAACUGGAUCAAUAUCACCUGAGAGUGUCUUGCAACAAUUAACAUCUCAAUCAGAUGCAAUUCAAAAUAUUCAAGGAUUAACUGGAUCAUUUAAUCCAACCACUGGUUUCUCUUCAAUUACUGGUAAAUCACCUUCAUCAAAUAAUCCAAAUGAUUUAUCAAACAAUGAAUAUCUUUUACCUGGAAUGAUUUAUGCUGAGGAACCUUUAUCAUUCCAAGAGCAUUCAGAUAAUUUGGGUGGACGAUUAAGUAGCUCACAUCCAAGUGGAACAUUUACUCGAGGCUCAUCAUCACCUUUAUCAUCUUCUUCGUCAUCUUCAUCAUCCUCAAUUCCUGGCAGCGAAAUGUCCAACGGAGGUACACCAUUGGUCCAAGUUAUUCAUGUUCCAGUUUCAUCUCAUCCUUUAUCCCCACAACUCCAACGGCACCAUCACCAUGGUUCCACCACAAGUAAUAUACAAUUCCCUGUGUACAAACAACCGAUAAACCCGACAAAUACUGACCUUCACACUUUGACCGCUUAUGCUUCGGCCAGUAAAUCGUCAGCGGAUGCACUUAAAUCGGAACGAAAACCUCCCGAUUAUUUUUCAACGGAACAAGAAAGAAACAAAAUGAACGUUAAUCGAGCUUCAGAUUCCAAUUCCAAUUCAAAUUCUAAUAACAAUCAAAAUAAUUUCGAUUCUAAUCAACAUGAUAACGAUAAUGACCAUGAUUCUAAUCAACAAUCAACUAAAUUAAAUGAGACAAUUAGCACUUACGAUUCAGUGGUAUUAACAAGUACACCCAAAGUCGCAGUCACCGGUGAAUCAAAUUCCCAUGUUACUCAUCCUCAGGAAACAAUUAAAUCAAAUGAUAAAAAUGAUUCAACAAACAACAAUCAUUUAAUUACUACAAUCAACAAUAAAAGUAAUGAUACUAAUACCAAUUCGGAUAAAACAUUAGCUAAUUCAGUUUCCGAUGGAAAAGUUAAUUUCUCAUAUCAUCCGAUAUUAGAAUACAUUUUACCAUCUCAAUCAACUUCAUGAGAAAAAUUUAAUUGUUAUGAUAACAAGUGAAAAUCAAUUAACUAUUUGAUUAUUAUUAUCAAGUUAAUCUUUAAUUUCCUUUAACAAUUAACUGUUCAAAACUCAAACUCAAACUCACACACAAACACACAUAUGAAAAGUGUAUAUUUAUUUUUACUUCAAUCGUAAACAAUUAACUGCUUAUCAACAAUUCCCUUAAUUGUAACACUUUACUUAUUGUCAAUCAAUUGUUUCAAUUGAAAAUAAAUCAUGUAAAUAAAAUAAUUGUCAUUCAA